GACGAGGAUGGCGUAGCGGGCAGUCAGCUGCAGCGGCAGGGGUGUUUUCCUUGCUGUCUGGUUGGCCUGCUGCCUGCUGCACUAGUGCUUGAUAGCUGGGCGCGACUGGGCACAUAUGGCGGGCGGUGCCUGUACAAACCGACCCCGGCUAUGUCCGGGCAGGGGUCGUAUCUUGGUUUUGGGGUAAUGUCUAGCUCCAGACAAAAACGGCCGGGUAGCCGCCGUCUUUUGUCUGGGCACAUGGCGGUUUGGGGGCUUCUACAUAGGAACUCGGACAAAACCCGCCCCAAACCCGGGCCAACAAAGUCUCGCCCCAGACAUUAGCCCCCGGGAGGAAUGUCUAGGAAACGGCCAAAAUGGCCAAUUAAUGUCUGGAGACAUUAAGAUAGGAGCCCUGUGUCCGGGAGAUGAGGCUAGUAUCGGAACCUUCGGCCUCAGACGGAGGACGUGGCGUGGCGGCACAGCCCACUUUUCCCUUGCAAGGGAGAGCCACCUUUUCUUGUCCCCGACUAGGCACUAGCGCCGCCAGUGAAGCUGUGUGCGAGUGCGACUGCGGCUGGGCAGUGACACGGCCGCCGCCAUCACACCGCCCUCCGCCGCGCAAACGCGGCACACGCGACAGCCACUGAUUGCGGGCCUACACAUGGUAGCGGUCUUUCACUCGCACAUCUUGCUUAAUUGAUAAGGACCGAGUGUUAAGGUUGAUAGAGGAGGUCGUGUACGUAGGCAUGCAAGUGUGCUAUUUGGGGGGGGAGGGGUGAUGUGUCCGGGCCCAAUGACAAGUUGCAUCAGCACACCCAGUCACGAACGGGGGGCACUCUCUAUCUGGCAUGACACUUACUUGGUUACACUGCACUGCUAGGUAUGCUGGAAAUGGCCAUGGCCUGAGAGGCGGGAGCCUGUGUGCAGGGGAUGUGAUUGUGCUGGGUGCUUUAGGGGGCCCGGUGCCGAUGGGGUCAGGUCUGCGUUAGUUGGACUGGCUCCGUGCGUGCAUGCCUGAUGCUCUUCCCCAAAAGUGCCAUUGUCUAGCGUUUUGCGGGGCUCCGCACUCCCACCCCCCGAUGAAAAGGGGUGCUGUGGAAGAUUGAAGGCCUUGCAUUGGCACGGGAUGUGAAAGAAAGGCCCCUACAAACGGCCUGCAACUUGUAUGUUAAGCGCCAGAUUCGGCGUGAGUGUCUUUCAGGGAGAUCAAGGUACCGUACGAGCCCCGGCCGGAAACAAGCGACUACCGUACAUGUCCGCGGCCUUUUCAUCUUCUCAUGGAUGCGGAUGUUACAGAGGGGACAGUCCCAGGGUCUCAUGGUCUCAGGGUUAACCGGGGGCCUCAGCGGGGGUCCUAGUUUGGGCUGGUAU